AUGACAGGUGACCAAACCCUUACGCCGCUUUCAACUUUCAACCUUGGUAUUUUACCUGACAGCGGAGAAGGGAAAGGAAGCCGGAAGGGCGGAGGCGGCCGGAAGGGCGGAGGCCCAAAGAAGAAGCCGGUAUCACGGUCGGUCAAGGCCGGCCUCCAGUUCCCGGUCGGCCGGAUCGGUCGUUACCUCAAGAAAGGCCGCUACUCCCAGCGCGUCGGCACCGGCGCGCCCGUCUACCUCGCCGCCGUCCUCGAGUACCUCGCCACCGUCCUCGAGUACCUCGCCGCCGAGGUUCUGGAGUUGGCCGGGAACGCGGCGCGGGACAACAAAAGAACCCAAAGCCGGAGAAGAGGGGACAGGCGGAGAAGAGAAACCCAAAGCCGAGAAGAGAAACCCAAAGCCGGCACCUGACAGCGGACGGACAGCCGGGCUCCUCCUUCUUCUCAGGUCCACUCCGAGCUCCGGCGGGCAGGCUCGAUGUGGGUGACAGCAGCGGAGAAGAAAUCCACGGCAGGUUGGAUGUGGGUCACAGCGGCGGAGAAACAGAGGACAAUCCUCUUCUCCGGUCAGAGGACAAUCCUCUUCUCCGGUCUCCUACACCACCGCCGGAGACCGAGACAAGCUUCUUGGAAGAGAUCGAGAGAGAGCCGCUGCCGAAAGGACCUCUCGUUGCCGCCGGCCGCUAGCUCGAAGAGAAGUGAGAUGGGAGAAGGAGACUCUCGGGACAAUGGAAGAACCUCAGCUAACCUCCGGCCAUUAGCUCGAAAAGAAGAAUGAUGGGAGAAGAAGACUGGAGAAGAGGGGAGAGGGAAAGAGGCUCUCGUAGAGCUAGAGAAGGUGAGGCUCUGAUACCAUGUUAGAAAGAUAGAUGAAGAGGAUAGAGAAACAAGGAAGAAAAGCAUAUGCUUGUAUAUUUCUCUAUAUCAGAACAGUGUCAUAGCCCUCUCUUUUAUAGAUGAGGGUGGCUGUGUACAAGUAAGGUACAGCUAAGAUACAGCUACUAUACAGCUACAAGACAAGACAAGUCACACUCCUAUAUAGCUAUAGGACAAGACAAAUCAUAC